UUCCCGUCUUUGUGUACAUGUAUGGUGGCGCCAUGGUGACAGGAUCUAGCAGCAACCCCGUGCUCGUCGGCAGCAACUUUGCCAACAAGGGUGUUAUCUUUGUUAGCUUCAACACACGCGAAAGCCUAUGGGCCUACCCUAAUUCGGCCGAACUGGCGGGAGGCAACGAGUCGCAAAACUUCGGCAUCCUGGAUGUUGACAAGGCCUUGCAAUGGGUCCGUGACAACAUUGCCCAGUUUGGUGGCAACCCUGAUCACGUUGUCUUCGGAGGUCACUCCUCUGGCUCUGUACAGGUCGACCACUACCUAUGGAACCACCCUGAUACUUGGCUUGCCGGUGCGGUUCAGAUGGCGGCCAACGCAAAGUCGGGCCCGGCCGUGGCACCUACCAACCAGGCCCUUGACAUAGUCGCAAAGGAGGUCAACUGCCCUGUUGGUGCGGGUCAGCUCGAUUGUCUCCGCAAGGUCGACUUGUACGCUUUCCAAACUGCUGGCUUCAACUCUACCUACAACACAUACUUUACUCCAGUCGUCGACGAGAAGACGCGCUACCAGGACUACGAGGCUCGCUUCGCAGCUGGCAAAUAUGCGUCUCAUGUUCCUCUCCUGACAGGUAACUCUGACAAGGAGGGUGCGGUAUUCGGCCUGGUUUAUGGUGGUGAGAACACCGACUUUGCCAAGUGGAUCAACUCAUUCGAUGCCGAUGUUGCCAACAUGCCAGACGAGGUCCUCUUGGAUGCCUACAACGCUACCGACUUUAGCAGUGUCUCUGCAAUGAGCGGUGCCCAGUACGGCGACGCGCGCUUUUUCUGCCCGGUCGACUACCUGGUUGAUGUGCGCAGCCAGAAGCAGGAUACCUGGAUCUACCGCUUCUUUGGCGACUAUGCCAACAUCCUUCCUCUGCCUGUCUCCCACCCCACUCACGGCGCUGAGAUUCCAUUCUUCUUCGGCGGCAAUGAUGCCUUUGCUGGUGUCGAGAACGUGACCGCAGAGGAGCAGGCCCUCGCCGACUUCCAGAACGACUGGUUUGUAAACUUUAUCAAGAACCCCAAAGCCGGUCCUGGAUGGGCCAAGGCCACUCCCAAGAGUGGCGCCAUUGGAAAGUUGGGCGUGCCAGGAAACGAGCUUGAAAUCGAGGUUGGCAACACUGCUGAUUUCAACGCAAGGUGCCAGAGUGUGUACAAGCCGUACUUGCCGUUGUACCCUGUUGUCCAGAGCGUAUCUGGCAGCAACUAGACACGAUUUAUGAGAUAAAUAGACUACAAUACCGUACAUAAUCAUAAUGUUGUAACAAGACU